ACCAACGUUGCCAGUCACCAUCCUCAUUACACGCCACCGGCUGAACAAAACAAGGGCAGAGGAGUGCUGCUCCCAUUUAAAAACUUCAAAAUCGUAAUCAUACUAUCACUAACGCUUUACCCAGCGCGAUCAUUGCUCCCAACCAGUCGACUCGCCUUUCUCUCGACCUACAUUCGACCCUCCUUUCGACCUCUCCUGCUUCAUUCCUUCAUACCUCAAUUCCAUCCCUCAUUCACAUCUUUCAGCAGAAGAUACACCAUGACGUCUGUCGCUCCUCCCAUAGUGACCAGCAGUCACAUACCCACCUCUUCAAAAUACCAACUUCCGCAACUCCCUUCCAUACCCGCUGCCAACCCACAGCGACAAAUUCUGGACGCAUUUCGACUCGCUGCUGCGAGUUUGAUAGCUGAAGCAUGGGGGGAAGACCCUGCGAAAAUCUUCGAAGGAUGUGAUGUGGGGAAGAAAGGUGCAGAUUUGGCUGUAGCUAUCCCUCGGUUCAAAAAAGGUAAACCGGAUGAAUGGGCCGCAAAGGUUCUGGAAGCGUUUCAACCUUCGAAUUACCUCUCAAAGGUGUCUUUCGAAAAGCCAUUUUUGGCGUUUACUUUCAACAAAGAAUCUUUCACUUACCAUGUCCUCCGUCAAAUCCAACUCUGUUCCCUCGCUGCUCGUCAAGAACCCUCCAACCCUACCCUUCCAUACGGUGCCGUCAACGAGAACGAAGGGAAACUCAUGGUCAUCGAUUUCUCCUCUCCAAACAUUGCCAAACCCUUCCAUGCCGGUCAUCUUAGAUCUACCAUUAUAGGUGCCGUCAUCUCCAACAUGCACGAAGCGUUUGGUUGGAAGGUGAAGCGGAUCAACUACUUGGGUGAUUGGGGUACUCAGUAUGGGAAAUUGUCAAUCGGUUUUGAUCGGUAUGGGAGUGAGGAGGAGCUGGUCAAGGACCCUAUAAAGCAUUUGUUCAAGGUGUACGUCAAGAUCAACGAGGAUGACGCGGCGGAGAAGGCUCGAUAUAACGCCGGUGAGGAGAUAGACUCGGAGACCACCGUCCAUGCGCUAGCGAAAAAAGUAUUCAAAGAUAUGGAAGACGGCGAACCCAAAGCUAUCGCACAAUGGUCUCGAUUCAGAGAUCUCUCCAUCGAAGCCUUGGUAGGCGUCUACGACAAACUCAACAUCCAUUUUGACGAAUAUUGGGGUGAAUCGCAAGUCCGGAAAGAGUCUAUGCAACGUGCCAUCGACAUUUGCCUCGAGAAGAAAUUGACUUGCGAAGACAGAGGUGCUCUCCUGGUUGAUUUGAUGGAAUGGAAAAUGGACAGAGCCAUUAUUCGUAAAGCAGACGGAACGACCAUUUAUCUCACUCGUGACCUAGGAGGUGCUUAUGACAAAUACGAAAAGUAUCAUUUCGACAAACACAUUUACGUUGUUCAAGCUGCUCAAUCACUCCAUUUCCGACAAUUGUACAAGACUUUGGAAUUGAUGGAAGAGCCUUAUUACAAGGAAGGAGUGUUCGAGCAUGUGAGCUUUGGGAUGGUGAAUGGGAUGAGCACCAGGAAAGGGACUGUUGUGUUCCUAGAUGAUAUCUUGGAAGAAGCGAAGGAGGUGAUGCAUGAGCAGAUGAGAAGUAAUGAGGAGAAGUAUAGACAGAUCGAGGAUCCAGAAACGACUUCGGCGAUUAUUGGACAGACUGCUGUGAAGAUACAAGAUUUGUCUGGGAAGAGAGUCAACGACUACACGUUCAACAUGCAACGUUGCACCUCAUUCGAAGGAGAUUUCGGACCUUUUAUUCAAUAUUCGCACGUUCGUCUUUGUUCAGUCCAACGUAAAAACCCAAACGUUCCAAUCGCAUCAUCAUCAGAUGAUAUCGAUAUAUCCAUCUUAUCCGACCCCAAAAUAUACGAUAUGAUCUAUCAUCUAUCCAUCUUCCCGACCACUCUCCGAACGGCAUAUACGAAUAACGAACCUAGCACGUUGGUUCAUUGGUGUUUCAAGAUCUCUCAUUUGGUAGGAGCGGCAUGGGAAAGUGUCAAAGUUAGUGGAGCGGAGGAAGAAGAGGCAAAAGCGAGAUUAUUUUUGUAUCUUCGAACGAGGGAGGUUUUGGCCUACGCCAUGAGGUUGUUAAGUUUGACACCUAUCGAGAGGAUGUGAGGUUGGGGUGGGGUUUGGUAUGAUCCAAAGAUUGUGAUCUAAUGAUGCAUGUGUAGAAACAUGUG